AUGCUGUUGGCCUCGUUUCCAGCCGCCUUCAAUCUAACGGAACUGAAAAAAGGUUUCUUUCCUCAUGAGUUCAAUUUACCCCAGCACCAGUCCUAUGUGGGUCAAAUUCCUGCCCUUGAAUUUUUCGACCCGGAUGGCAUGAGUGAGAAAAAGAAAAAAGAAUUGCAAGAAUGGCAUGCAGAGCAAGUGAGACGUGGAACACCCUAUGAUUUUGCCAAAGAAAUGGAAGAUUAUUGUAAAUCAGACGUGGCGUUGUUACAAGCAGGUUGCGAAGCUUUCACCCAAGAAUUUGAACGACACACCGACUUCAACCCCUUUGCCAAAUGUGUCACCAUUGCUUGUGCGUGCAACCUGUACUGGAGAAAACACUGCCUCAAAGAAGACACCAUUGCCGUGGAACCUCUCAAGGGAUGGCGCGGGACCAAUGUCAAUCAAUCUGUCAAAGCUUUGCAGUGGUUGUAUUUUAAAGAACAAGGCCUUGUCAAGCAGGAUGCCAGUCCAGACAGAAUUAAGCAUGUGAGAAACGGGGGCGAGCAAAGUGUGACGACUGUGGCGGACAGCUACUUUGUGGACGGCUAUGAUCUCCAGUCCAAUACCGUUUACGAAUUUCAUGGCUGUUUCUGGCACGGGUGUCCUCGCUGCCAUCCCAGAAAUCGUCACGCAAGACAUGCCGCCAAUCCAGAUAGAACC